UUUAGUCUUUCUCCAUCUUUCUCUCUCACAACGAAUCAUUACAGUACGGUCUGAUAUAGAUACCUAGGAAAAAAUUUCAAUUACUUUUCCAUUAGAAAAUUUUCCGUUUUAAAACGUGCGCUUCGCAGCGUAUUAUCUUCGCCUAGGUUGUUUCAUGUUUUCAUAAAAAAUGAUUGAGUUUACAAUAAAAACGCUGGACAGCAAGGAUCAUAGCUUUUCGGUGGAUGAUGAGAUUACUGUGGCACAGCUCAAGGAAAAAGUGCUGGAGCAGAUGGGAGUUGAAAUUGGUCUCCAACGUUUGAUUUUUUGUGGAAGAGUAUUGCAAGAUGAGAAAAAAUUGGCAGAUUAUGGUGUUAAUGGCAAAGUGGUUCACAUGGUGCAACGGGCUCCGCCUUGCCUCGAGUCCCAAGCGCUGAGAGAAAGAGAGCGAGAUAGGGAGAGACAGCUUCAGAUUGCUACCCAAAUGGGUUUCAACUCGGACCCAAUAAGCCCGGUUCAUAUAAAUCAUACCACUCAGCAGCAGAUACGGAGACUUGUGGCAUUGGCUGCCACCGCUCACGGGAUUGAGAUUGAAGAUCAACCAGGCGUCAACCUGUCACCGACUGCCUCACGUUUGGAGUUUCUGCGUCAUAUAAUCGACGAAAUAAAGGCAACUCUUGAAGCGUUAAAGUUAAACGAAAGCGAUGUAAGGACUAUGGAAUAUUUAGCACGGUCGGCUGAAAUUAUCAAAUCAUGGGUAUUGGAAAUGUCUGCGUCUGAACAUUACAUUAGAUUGCUCGAUUCUGUAAGUGGAACUACUCGGGAGAGUCGGGGACGAAGAAUUCGUUCGAUGCGUCCUUCGUACCACACUCCUCCCAGAGAUUUCGCCGCUCUUGUGGCUGAGCUACAACAGCUAGACAGCGAGUUCUCUCCGUUUAGGGAGACCUAUAUAAUGACUCUACGUGAUGCCAAUGAUUCCACUAUUCACCUCGACGAAGAGACUCUACAGCGCAGACAACGGAGCGCUGACUUGUGCGCUGAGUUGUAUCACAGUUUCUCUCACGCUUACCACACUGUGAGUGACAUCGGGCUACUGUUGACGCACGGAAACUCUCGACUUACGUCCGAAGCUCUUUUACGCCCCACGCUGCCGCUGCAGGCGCACAUUAAUGUUGUGCAAUCGUCUACAACUCGUCGCCCGCUAAACCCGACCGCAACCGUUAACGGGACGAACCAACAGCCUGCCGAGGGUCAGGGAAUCCAAUUCAACAGCUCCCAAGCCGGUAGGAACAUAAACCAACCGACUGUCAAUAUAAACAUACAACCAGACCCCAUUACCUACCAAUUAGAAAUAGAAACCAGGGUACCCAUACCGAUCAACCUCCAGAACAUUAUCAACGGUGCCAACCAGAAUGCCGCUCAGGGUGAAAAUAAUCAAAACCAGAAUCAGGGUCAAAAUCAGGGUCAAGUCCAGAGCCAGAGGCAGACAAAUAGUCAGUCCCCAGGCCAGGGCCAGACUCCAGACCAGGGUCAGACUCCUAACCAGGGUCAGACUCCAGACCAGGGUCAGUCUCCGGAUCAGGGUUCAGGUCAGGGGCAAGGUCAGGUCGAAGGUCAGAAUCAGAGUCAAGACGGACAAGCAAAUCGUCGCCAAGUAAUGAUCGAUUUUGAGAAUCUGUUUAGGGGAUUGGGUCAAGGUGGAGGUUUGGGGGGUGUGGAAGUCGUCAUGAGUAUGGAAGAGAUUCCCCAAGCGCUAGGGGGACAGGGGCAAAACAUCAAUACUGCGACAACCGGGGCCUCACAGCCGACUGAUGGUAGUCCUCAACAGCACUAUGGAUCACAAGUAUAUUUAGCUCAGAUGCCAUGGAGUGAAUUGCCGCACGGUGACCUCGUACAAAACAUCGUUUCGUCGGUCCUUCGACAUGGCUUUCCGCCUGGUAUUGAAGGGUUUUACCAAAUACCUAACGUAAUACAAACUCUGGAUCAGACGAACCGAAAUCAGAGUCAAACUUCAGGCCAGACUUUGGGACAAAGCCAAGGCCAGAGCCAGACUCAAACCCAAGAUCAGAGCCCAGGUCAAGACCAAGGCCAGACCCAGAGUCAGACUCAGAACCAAACACAGAGCCAGACACCAGUCCAAAGUCUCGGCCAGGGUCUGUCACAAGGUCAGGGCCAAAGUCAGACUCAAACUCAAGGUCAAUUUCAACCCGAGCCUCAAAUAUUUUUCCGGCGUAUCCCUUCGCAGACCGUGGAUCAAGAGAUUCAAAACAGUAGCGAACAAAGUGCAAAUAUGAAUUCGACCAAUCGGCCCAGACAGUCUAUAGUGCGCAUACAACAACCGCAACAAUACCAGCCCGCUAGGCCGCGAUCGCAAACGCUUUCGAUCAACACGCUGGUCUACGACAGAUUCCUGAAUUGCGACAGUCCACACGCCAGGCGACAAUUGCAGAGGCGCAGGGCCGAGGCAUCUCAAGCCGGUGGGUUACUUCUGCGUGACAAUAGUCUAACACGCAUUCAAAACAGUGUAGAAACACUUUUCGAGAGAUUCGAUAGGAACACUAAUAACGACGAGUCUCUACUGAUUGCGGCUGUAGUUACUUUGCGCGAGGCGACGUCGUUCUCCAGUGGACGUACACUGGUUGUUGAGGAGUUGCUGCCUCUACGUCAGCGCCUGCAAGUCUUUAUGCGUGAGCUGAUGAAUGGAGAGUAUGAAGUCGGCACUCAGGAGCAACUAGCUGACUUGAUUUUCGAACGCUACUCAGGGUUUAUCAAUCGCAUCGCCUCGAUCACACCGAUACGCCGUAACGUCGACAUUAUUGAGUCAAUGAAGGCGGUAUUCAUACGUUUCCUGAACGAAGCGAUGACCGUUUUGGACAUUGAAAACAAUGAAGUAUUUACCCGACGAUUUCGCAUCGUAAUACCACGAAUGUUUUACGAACUGUGUGGCGUUAUUUCUUACUGCUGCUUAGAGGGAGUGGAGGGUCUUCGUACAAUUUAUCGAUCAUUCUUGACCGACUUGAUCCAGAACAUCGACGAACCUGUUCGCGAUCUUCUCCACAGCCUUUCUAUGGAGAAUUUGAAUGCAGCCAUUUGCCGCAUAGAGGCCAAUAAGAUUCAUUAUGCGCAAUUUAUACGUCGUAAACCGGUCGACAUUUGCACUCUGCUAAGCGAUUCAGAAGAUUCAUCACCAAUGGACGAAGAUGUCCCCGAUCGUGGCGAACGGAUGCAAUUUUUGGUCCCCACGCAGUCAACUGCAGGAAGCAGUAUGAAUGCUCAGUUCCCGUAUCCAUCGACCUCCUCCAAGAAGAAGUCGAAUGAUGAAAGUCGCCAAAGUGAAGAUUCAGAGGACAAUUCUGACUCGGAAUCAACUUCAACUUCCUGUUCUAGGUCAUCUUCUGCCCCGGCUACCCCGUCUGCCACCCCCUCUCCCACGGUCCCACCUGUCCUAUCAAUACCAUCUUCUCCGACUGCCCCGCGUGCCCCGCCUGCCUCUACUUCCGCUUUCAAGGUUCCACCUUCACCCGCCCCGACUGCACCUAGCGCUCCAUCUGAACCGAAAGUUCCAGAAGCUUCAGACGUACCAGAAGUCUCAGCUAUACAAGAAGUCUCAGCUAUACCAGAAGCCCCAGCUAUACCAGAAGUAUCGGCUAAUGCUGGCGUGCCCGUCACAGCCGUGCCAAUGUCCAUUGCCCGUAACAACACAUCUGCUUCAGACCCAAUGCGUGUUGCCGCUUCAGUCAAUUUCGGACGAGGCAGGUUCAACCGAGUUAACCGAUCGGGCUCCACAAUGUCGUCGGAUUCUUCCGGCAAUAUAAGAUUCGUACCACCUGCGCAGAUAGCGCAACAUUGGGGCGAAGAGUGGGUGCCCACGUUCACUCGAGACUUACAGCGGCAAAGGGACACGGUCGAGCCCUACAGUGACGCUUACCUCUCGGGUAUGCCGCCCAAGAAACGUCGCUGUGUUCGCCAGUCGCGUCCGCCAACAACGCUCAAUGCCUUCAUAAAUGAAAGCGUGUCAGAGGUGUCGUCCGAGUGUGACGAGGCCCAGGGCGAGGAGCUCCGCGUCGCCUUCCGCGAGCACGUGAGGUGUAUAGCGCGAGCGCGCGCCGCCGCCUCGGAGGACUACGAGCCUCGCCGACUCGUGGCCACCGCGCGCUUCCUUAACCAGAACAGGACAAGCACGCGGAAGUCGCCGGAAAACGCCAACUCCGAAUAACGACACGGAUUUCUAAAUCGGUUCCAAUUUAAAAAAGUUUAAAUAUACACGAACUCUUGUCGCCUACUCACGGACUAUGACGCGGAGAGAACGUUCUCUCUCCUUAAUAAAAUAAAUGUAACAUUUUUUUAGUAGAAUGUAGAGUUCAUUAAAUGUUAAUGAUAAUUCUUUAGUACAUAGGUAUCACGCUGACUAAAACUCCUCAAUUUUUUUUCUAUAAAAUUUUAUUUCGAAACGGACGGACAGGGUAGCGCGAUGGGUAUUCUUACAGCUUUUUGGAAUUUAAAAUUAUAAACCCUGUCAAGGAAGCUACUUUAAUCUAUAGUUCAUUAGUAAAAAUAUCACUAUACUAACUGACGGAUUUUUAUAAUUUUUAUAUUAUAGAUAAAAGUUGUAUAAAACCUUGAUCUUUUAAAUUCCCUUAAUGUUUUUUUCAUUUCUAUUAAUUCUAAACUAUUUUCUUUGCCUAAGUUUUAAUCAACGAAUCUUUUCACCCUUAUACAUAUACUCUUCGAUUAAUAGAAACUUAUUUUAUGGGCUAAUUAACAUAAGUUGGUGUUUAGAUUUGUGUCAACUGAUAAAUAUCUGUAUUAGAUAGUUAAAUGUUCACCUGUCUACGAUAAAACCUUUGGUACUUCAGGUCGGUCUUUAAUGUGGAUUUUGAUGUUUUAAAGGACAAACGUAAAAAAAUUUAAGCGAAGGACUGUUCUACGUUGACUUUUAAUCAAUAAAUGGUAUUGUCUAUCAUUUAAUAUACUUAAGUGCUGGUUCUUUCGUAUAUCAUAAGUAAGACAUGCCAGACUAUUUGAUUAAAUUUUUAAAUGAUACUUCUCAGUGUUAGUUUUCGUUGAAAUGGCUAUAAAUGUUAAAUUGAUGUUAAAUUUUAGAUGUUUCCUUUGUAUUGUUUGCACAAGUAGCAAACCUUUUACGACAUAAUAUUCAUUAUACAAGUACUUAUCGUUAAUGGAUUUUAUCAUAAUUAAUUUAAUAGAUGUUAGUUUGGAUGACCCUACGUCGGGAUAAUGAUUCGAUGUACCCUUGAUCCUAUUGUGAAGACUGGCCACAGCUGCGACAGUUAAUCACCUUGUUGUGUCUAACAUAUAAAUGUAAUUGAAUUGUUUGUGUAUUCAGGUGUUUAAUUAGGCUAAAUGAUAAUCAGAAUACAAUUUAUUGAAAAUGUGUACGUAUAAUGUACGUAUAAUGCAUUUCACUAAAUAAAAUUAAGCGAACUCCUGAAGGAGCGUUUGGCGUUUUCGAUUAAAACGUGAGUUUUUUUGACAAUUGGUUUAUUUUUGCAAAUUUUAAUGAAAUGGAUUGUAUGUCAAAAAGUAUAUUAAAUGUGUUAUAUGUAAGACGUAUUACUUAGCUUCAUAUAAGCUUUAAAAGCGAACUUUAUUAUAUUUAGCUAAGUUAUUUUUUUUUCAUUUUAUCCAAAAAAAUCAUAUUUAUUACUAUUACAGUUUUUACUAUUAAUUUUUAGUUGUUGACUUCUUACGUUCGUUAGAAUUAUAUUGUUCGCAUUUCAAGCUUAUAUGUUUUCAUUAUCUAAUUGUUGGGAUUUUUCCCAUUAUUUUACAGAUCAUCAAUUAAAUAGAUAAUAGUCGAUGUCGUAGGUAUUUCAGAGCUCAAUGUAUGUAUUCUAUGGUUUAAUUUGACGUUCAUAUGUUAUAUUAUUUUAUUUUUUUUAUUUUUGGGUCUCGGAGCUUCUCUACAUCAAUAUUAUAAAGCUAUUCUCAUGUCCGAAUACAGAAAAUGUAUUAAUGAAGGACACUUCUUUUAAUUACAACUUUUUUAAUUAAUCAAAUAAAAUCGACUUGUAAAUUUUAUUUGACAAUGACGUGUAAAAUUACCAGUGUAAUUUGAUAUGGAAUUCUGUCUUACAUUUAUUUUAAUUAUGAACGUUUAUUAUAUAGAUCGUAUUAAUAAAAAUAUAUAAUUGACGAAAA